UAUUUACAAUUUCACAUUCAAUCAACGAUUUCCGACCGGUUCGAAGCAGUUUAUUUAAUUUUUUUUUGCAAAUUCCGAGAUUCCAAAAUUUUUUUCGUCGUUUUAGGAUAACACGAGCGGUUUUAGGUCUUUUGGCCAAAAACCGAUUAAUUUUUGUAAUUAUCAACACCACCAAAAAUGGCAAUGGAAAAUAAUUAUUACGAUGGAAGUCGGAUUUUUAGCAGAUUGGCCGAAUACGUUGGAGUCGAAGUAGAUCAGGCUAAUUUUGUUAUAAGCCAAUUUGUGGCUUUGGCUUUGGCAUCACUAUUUCGCACCGUACUCCAUCCGUCGAAAACAAAAUCAGGUACAAGACACGGUUUCGGGUUGAUUUUCGGCUUGUUCAUCGGUUACUUCUGCUUUGGAAUGCAGGCCAUUCACUUAGCUGGUCUUCCUGCUCUUUGUUAUAUCGUUAUACGUACUACAAGUCCGGAUAUUAUGCAAAGAUUGGUUUUAGCUGUUGCUUUAUUAUACUUGUCUUGUAUUCAUUUACAUCGACAAAUAUACGAUUACGCAUCAUAUACGCUUGAUAUAUCAGGUCCCCUUAUGAUAAUAACACAAAAAGUAACAAGUUUAGCGUUUUGUUUGCACGAUGGGCUAACAAAAAACGAUUCGGAUUUAUCUAAAACGCAACAAUUUUACGCAAUUAAAAAGAUUCCAUCAGCUUUAGAGUAUUUUAGUUACGCGCUGCAAUUUCCGUCUUUAAUGGCCGGACCGGCUUUGUAUUACAAGGAUUACAUUGAUUUUAUAGAUGGAAAUAACUUUUUAUCAGCCCAAAGUUCGUCCAGUCAAAUGGCGACUCAAAACGGUAACAGAAUGGUUUUUGAGCCAUCAGCAAAACGAGCUGUGGCUAAAAAAGUGGUAAUGGCAAUGAUUUCUGUCGUAAUUUUUGUAAAGUUUAUCCCAUCUUAUUCGAUACAAGGUGUAAAAGAUGACGAUUUUGUGCAAAAAUCGAGUUUGUUAUACAAGCUUUUUUACCUUCAUAUGGCAACUUUUUUGGUUCGUUGCAAGUAUUAUUUUGCUUGGCUUUUUGCCGAUGCGAUCUGUAAUAAUUCCGGAAUCGGAUUUAAUGGAUUUGACAAUAAGGGAAAUCCAAAUUGGAAUAAGUUUAGUAAUAUUAGUAUUAUUGGAUUUGAGUUUUCAACUAGUUUAAGAUCGAGUAUCGAAUCUUGGAAUAUCGGGACCAAUAUUUGGUUAAGAAGAGUCGUUUAUGAUCGAGUCGAUAAAAAGUACGCCACGGUUUUAACGUAUGGUUUAUCGGCCCUGUGGCAUGGUUUUUAUCCUGGUUAUUAUGUAACUUUUGCAAAUGGUGCACUUUUUACUUUUGCCGCAAGAAAUAUGAGAAGAACAAUUCGUGGUUAUUUCACGAAAACGAGCGAAUUAAAAUUGUUUUACGAUAUUGUAACCUUUGCCACAACAAAAUUUGUAAUGGCUUAUAUCACUUUUACGUUCGUUUUGUUGGAGUUUUGGGCCGGACUAAGACUUUACGUACAUAUGUACAUGUGCCUUCAUAUCUUAGCGUUGUUGGCCCUAUUUGUAGUGCCUCGUGUGAUUCCAAGAGCCCAAGUUUCGUUCGCAUCAACCGCAACAGGAACAGGAACGGUGACCGAAAGUUUUACGAACGUUUUGAAAACUGCCAGUAGACCGAUUUCAAAUAAUCAUCACGAUUAAUUUGAAUCGAAUUCAAUUGAAAUUUUGUAAUACACGACUUUUUUUUCGAUGAAUUUUGAUUUAUUUAGUCAAUUAAGAAUUUUUAUAAAUUGUAUUGUUUAAACGCACAUCGAAUGCUUCUUCCAUAUUGGGCUUCUUUUUUUAAACCGCUGGUGCUUCCAAAAUAGGACAAAAAUACGUUAUAAUUAGGUCUUAUUUAAUCCUAACCAUAAACAAAAAUUGUUUUUAUUGCGAAUUGGUUUUAAUUUAAUAAUUUCUAGCGCGUGGCUGUGUAAAAAAUCAAUAUCAAAAAAGAAGGGUUUGAAAUUGUUAUAAAAUAACUUGGAAAUAAUACGUACAGUUAAGUAGAAAUCUUUGUAUGAAAAAAAAAUAAAUAAACAAUAAAUUUUAGGAUAAAAUCUAAGAAACAAAUCUAAGAGCAAAUAUUAUUUGUAAUUGUCUUCCUAUUUAUAUAUAAAAAAGCAGAAAAUUUAAUAAUACGUACAUACAUAUAUUUUAUUCCCAAAUUUUACAUGUUAUGUCGAAAUAAAUUGAAUGCGCACAAUUUUA